AUGCCACCUUCGUCGUCGUCGCCACCCCCAAUCCUCGCCAUUACGGCCACUUAUCUACACCUGCUGGCCCAACACCUCCCCCGGCCCCUCUACGAAGUCCUUCAAAAGCUUCACAACCACAUUGCGCGCUUCUUCGCCGGCGUCGCAUCAUCUGCUCUCGUCGUUCGCAUACACUCGCUUAUCCCUGCCAAGAUGCAUCGCCCGCUGGGCUUCUCGGCCUUUCUGGUCACGCUGUUCUUGAUAUUCGGACUACCCGUCAUCCUCGCCCAGAGCGAGCCGUUCCACUGUUAUCCAUACCCGCCCGCGGACAAGCUCGCCAGUCCCUUCAUCACCCUGCAGCCGCAUUGCUGUAAGGGCUCAAUCGACAACAAGCUGAGAGUAGGCACCGACUGCGAAUUGGCCAACGGAGGAAAAUACAAGACAAAGUUUGGACAGGAUCUGGGAACUUGCGCGACAGGCUGGGUGGACGCGUGCUGCAUGCGACUGCAUUACCCGCCCGAAAUUGCACGGCCAGAAAUGUCCUAUUGCGAUGCAGGCUUUCUCGUCAAGGCCGAAGCCAAGAAUAUCAUUGAUGCCCGUAGCUGGAACCCGAAGAAAUACGGAAUUUGA